GCUGAACGCCUAAAGGUAAAUGCCAACGGCUACCAUGCUAUCAACAGCCAUGAUAGACGUGUGCCGGUACUGACGCUUGAAACCGUUAACCGUAUUGCCGGCGCGGUCCUUUCUUCCUCCCAGGAGGGUUCCCAUAGAAACAUAAGUGGCAGGCCUCUGCCCCGGCGCAGGUGUGUUUCAGCCAGACACCACAGCCCAACCCCUCCCCCUGCCGUCGAGCCCACAACGAAGGCUUCCGUGUAUGUUCGCCGAGGUCCCGUGGGCCAAGACAUGCUGUUCGCGUCAGCCGUUUCUCUGCGGCCCACCACCGAACUCGGAGUGCCUGUAAACAGAGAAAUGCGAAGAAAGAUUGUUCAACAGUUGGAACGCGAACUGGACCUGCCAGUGCACAGGAAAGACUUCUUUUACAGCGGCAGUAUGCUUCGCAUUAACGAGUAUGUCUCGAGCCAAAACGUGAACGAGUAUGUACGUACUGUGACAUCGGCGGCUGAGACCAGUGGCGAGACAAAUUACAUGUUACGGAUGCUUCGCGAGCUUUUCGACUUUAGUCUCUUCACUAGUCCCACAUUCAUCCUUCUCAUAACAUCCAGUGUCUUCGGACUGAUUGUGCAGUGCAGUUUCAUCACUGCCAGUGCUACCGAAGCCACAGUUGACAUCACAACACCCAGCAUCGCCACCGACAUUACCACAACCAACACUACCGACGUCACCAGCAAAGUUACAAGUAACAUCAACAGCAUCAUUAACAUUGCCAAUACAAGCGAACAUGCGAGUCCCAGGUAG